UCCCGGAGUUGCUUACCUUGGAGACGCCGCCGAGGAAAGACAGAACUCUCCGUUGCCGAGCAACCAUGCCGGUCGCUAAGUGCAAGCAUUGUGCGGCAAACGCUGGGUCACUGGAGUGGAGUGGAGCCCCGACCACCUUCCUGGUCUGCCUCCCGCACCGCUCAGCCUAUUUUCUGUGGCCACUGAGCUUCUGCUCGUGGCACCAGUUGUAACUCGCGGGGCCGCUCAAUUUUACAGCCUCCCACUGCUUCCCAGCCAAGCCCGCCGACCGAUCGGCGGCCUGCUCCUCCACAAUGACCUCCACGGUGGCCGACUCCAGCCCCAGACCCACUGGCACCUACACCUUCGCCAGUCGUCCCCGAGCCCUGAACUGCCAGCGCCGCCGCUACCGGGAGUGCUUCGGGGCAGAUGAAGAACCUGUUCACUAUGGAAACAUUAUGUAUGACAGAAGGGUUAUACGAGGCAACACUUAUGCUCUACAUUCAUAUCCACCGUCUACUCAACCUGAUCCUGUUGAGCUCCAAAGGCAGCAGGAGGCCAAAAGGAAAGCUCUUGCUAGAAGACGAGCUAGAGAACAUCUUCGACCAAGAAGUCCUGAACCUGUAGAAGGCAGAAAACAUGUUGAUGUACAGACAGAGUUAUAUUUAGAAGAACUUGCCGACCGCAUAAUAGAAGUUGAUAUGGAAUGUCAAACUGAUGCAUUUUUGGACCGACCACCAACACCACUUUUUAUCCCAGCUAAAACUGGCAAAGAUGUAGCCACACAAAUAUUAGAAGGCGAGCUUUUUGACUUUGACAUUGAAGUCAAACCAAUGUUAGAAGUUUUGGUGGGAAAGACCAUUGAACAAUCUUUGCUCGAAGUCAUGGAGGAAGAAGAAUUGGCUGAGCUACAAAAGCAGCAACAACAGUUUGAAGAACUACGGAAUCUGGAACUUGCAGAAGUGCAACGACUUGAGGAGCAAGAGAGGCGCCACCAGCAAGAAAAGGAACGUCGCAGAGAGCAACAGCUACAACAAUUACAGAAACAGAAUGAGACUGCACAGAAAAUUGCAGCUCGGGCAUAUGCUCAGGUUUACCUGGCUGACCUCAUUCCAUCUGUCUUUGGUAGUCUCAGGGAUAAUGGUUACUUUUAUGAUCCUACAGAAAGAGAUAUUGAGAUUGGAUUCCUACCUUGGUUGAUGCAUGAAGUGGAUAAAACAAUAGAAUACAACAUGGUGGGAAGAGUGGUACUUGACAUGUUAAUUCGUGAGGUGGUUGAAAAUAGGUUGAAUAUGUUUGAACAGCUUGCAGUUAAAGAGCCAAAGAAGACUUUACCUGAUAACAAAGAUGAAGAACAGGGAGAAUCAUUUACAAUAGGAUCUGAACAAUUUGCAGAGGAACAGGAAUCACUCCCGACAAGGAGUUUCCAAGACGUCCCACCAGAAAAGGAUUCCUUCCAGAUGCCAUUUGGAGAUAAUCUGGAUAUCUUCGAUAUGAAGGAAUCUGAUGUAUCUGAAGAUAAGGAGCCAUGAAACCAAGUGAUAGCCAGACCAUCAAAUAAUCAGGUAAUGAAAAUGUAGUGUUUCUCUUCCCCUAAAUUACUAGAAGUGGUGUUCCAUUAGGUCAAUAUAUUUUCUACUUGAAAUAUUAGGAACUGGCCAAAUAAAAUGUGACAAAAGAAUAAAAACAAUCUAAAAAGUAAAUUGGGAAGAAAUAUUUAAUUAAAAUUUUAUUGGUAGAAGGUUAUAUUGUAAGAACACCUAGAAGUCAUUUAGUGAAUAACAUCUUAAUCUACAGACUUCUCUAUUACAAAUAUCUGCAAUUAACAUUUUCUAUUUCUUUACCCUUCAAAUUUGCAAUUUAAGCCUAUUUUAUUAGCUUUAAUUUAUAACAACAAAUCAAUGCUGCUAGUCAUUUAAUUUCUCUUUUUUAAAAGAAGUACUUAAUUUAGAAGCUUUUGUCAUAGAACUUUGCUUGAGUGAAAGUCAAAAUAGUUCUUUCACUGCACCUAAUUUCCAUUAAAAUUGAGCAAAUUAUGUCAUUUUCAAUAUGCAGGCAAGAGUUGGACAGGGUCCUCUGGGCCCCAGCCUGCAAUGCUUUUUUUUUUUUUAAAGCAAUUUCUUUUGUAAAUUGAGUAUUCUAGAUAUGGAAUUAUGUGAACUAUAAUUUUCUCCAAAAUGGAUCCUUCUAAUGAAUAAAUUUUUUAAAAGGUCAUUACGAAUGUCCUUUGCAGGACAUUUAAUAGAUACUUUACUAUCUUGACCUACAUUCAUGAUGUGGUACCAAAAAUAUUAACAUUACCCACCAUGUAGAAUAAGACAUGGAAAAUCAGUGGGUGAAAUCAAUUUUUCAGGUUCGUUCUUCCUACAUAGCAGUUUACUUCUACAUAAGAAUGCAUGGAUGUGAUAUAGGAGUCAGAUGGGAAUCUUGAGACUCUAUUGGCCAAAUGAAGUUAGUGAGGGUUAAGGGAAGCAGUAGCAUAUGGGUUCAGGGAAUUGAUUUUUUUUUUUUAAAAACUCGUACCUUUUCACUUUGAAUUGGCAGAAGAACAGUAAAGGUUAGGUAAUUGGGGUUAAGUGAUUUGCCCAGGGUCACACAACUAGUAGAAAGUGUCUGAAGUCAGAUUUGAAUCUAGGUCCUUCUGAUUCCAGGAGUGGCUCUCUAUUGACUGAGCCAUCUCAUUGUCAUGAAAUUUUACCUAUGACUUUUUUCUCUGGUCAUAACUUCUCUAGAGAUUAUUUUAUCUUUAGAGCUAAGUUAAUUUUAAGAGAUAACAAGUCUGAUAAUUUCCAAAUCUUCCAAAGAAUUGCUAAAAUUUGGAAAGUGAUCUGAGUAUGCUUGAAUGAUCUCUUCCUGUAAAUAUUAAAUUGUUUUUGUAUAUGUUUAUACAUCGCUAUAGAAGUCUUAAUUAUCUGGUGAUUUCAGAGCAGUAUACAAUUUUCAACCCAUUUAUCUUACUAAUUCCUUUAUAAAUGAUCAACAAGCAGUUGUUAAGUACUUAGUAUGUACAAAGCACUGUGCUAAGAAUUCAAAAUACAAAGUAAAAAUAGACCUUGCCUUUGAGGACCUUAUGUUCUAAUGUGAGAGAGAACAUAUACCAAUCAGAAUAUAAAAAAUAAAUAUGAAGUAGAUGGAAAAUAACCUUAAAGAAGAUGGCACUGGCAGGUGGAAGGGCCUGGCUUCCUGGAUGAAAUGAUGCUUAAACUGAUCAUGAAUCUGGGAAUGUGAAAGUUUGAGAGGGGCAGCAUUCCAGGCAUGGGAAUCAACCAAAGCAAAGCCAUAGAGAUAAAAGGUGGAAUACUGUGUGCAAGGAACGAAUAGAAUAAUAUAACUUGAUUAUAGAGUGCAUAGAGGUCAGUAGAAUGUAAGAAGAUGGAAAAGCUGGGAAGGGACCAAGUUAUGAAGAGAUUCUAAAUGACAAACAAAAGAUGUAAGAUCAUAGGAGUAAUAGGGAGCCACUGGAGUUUAUGAAAUAGAAUAGGAUCUGAUUUGUUUAGGAAAAACACUUUGGUACCUUGAAUGGAAGAUGGAUUGGAUUGGAGAGAGUUAGACAGAGACAGACAGACAGACUUGAGGCAAAAAGAUCAAUAAGAAAACUAUUGCAAUAGUUAAGGCAAGCAUUAAUGAGGGCUCUAACUAGGGCAGUGGCACUGUGAGUAGAGAAAAGAGAAAAUAAUAAUGUUGUAGAGAAAGAAAUAAUUUGGCAGCUAAUAAAAUAUGUGAAGUGAAUGAGAAGGGGCUCAGGGGUAAUAUCAAAUUCUUGAAACUGGAUGACUAGAAGAAUGGUACGCUUUGAAAUAAUGGGGAAAGGUUUCCUUUAUUUAUUUAUUUUGUGAGGGAGGAUGAGUUGGAUUAGACAUUUGAAAUGCCCAACAGCAAUCUAAGACUAGAACUUGGUAGUAAUAAGAAUGAUUAAUUUCCCCCUCUUUUUUUUUUAAACAAAUUAAGAAACAGAUUUAUAAAAAAUUUAUAGAAAGUUAUUACAUGAGUUCAAAACAGAACUGAAGGGGCAACUAGGAGGCUCAAUGGAUAGAGAGCCAGGCCUGGAGAGAGAAGGUUCUGGGUUUAAAUCUGGCCUCAGAUACAUCCCAAUGUGUGACCAUGGGCAAGUCACUACUGGAAUAGACCUAAAUUACUUAAAGAAAAUUCUUUGAUAUUCCAGAAUUACUAGUACUCUGCACAUAUUAUUCACUUAGGUAAGACUCACAAAAGUUUUUUUCUUAGAACAUUAAUGCUGUCAUGUUAAAAUAAUAUUCCUAUUAUUGCUAUUUAAUUAAAAUAUAUCCACAGCUAAACUUUGAGCACACAGAAAAAAGACAGAUGAAAUUUUCUCAAUAAUUUUAGUCUCCUUUUACCCUAACCUUAGCCUCUAGUGAAUUAUGUCUUCUGCCUAUUUCAUAAAAGACAAAUUUCCAGCCUUAUUUUUUAGGCUUUCUACAAUUUGAUUUUCAGCUUCUUUAUAAACUUUUUCCAUAUUCUUCUCCUUUACAAACUCUUACAUUGAGUCAUACUGUUACCUUAUUCCCUGAACUCAAAUUUGCAUUUGCCAUCCUUUUUGUAUGAUCCCAUAUAAUCCUCCACCACAGAAGGAACUCAAUCCUUUGCCUAUCAAUCUUUGUCUUCCUUCAAGGCUUAGUUUGAGUACCUUUUUUGAUUUAUCCCAGUCUCUUAUAUGUCAAUUUAAUAUAUGUGUAGUAUCUCCCCACCCUAAUAGAAGCUACUAUACGAGGACUGUUUCAUUUUGUCUUCAUGAUCCCCAGUGCUCCACAUAGCCCCUUAUGCAUAAUAAACAUUUAACAAAUAUUUAUCCAAUUAAAUUGAAUCGUAUAUCUGGCAGCUACCCUUGCUAAAUCAAAUGGGUCAAAUUCUUAUAGCCCUAAAUUCAUUUAGCACAUUUGAAAUUACUUCAAAAUAAAAUACAAUGUCAUGCCAGGUUGAAACAGAAUGAAAUAUUUAUUUCUGACCAGUGAAAACAAUGACUAAAGCACAAGGAACAUGUUUUACAAUCUUAUUCUCCACCUAUAAGCCAAAAUAGCUGUUUCUGUUAUUGCUUUUUGAUGUCAUGUUAUCUCUCUCCUGUUAUUUUCUUCCUUUAUGAAUUUUAACUUAUAUUCAUGCUUGUCAAAAUCAUUUUACCCAUUUUCUUAUUUACUGCAAACAUUGACUUUUCUUAUGACUAACUUUGAUUAGAUAACUAUGAAUUAGUCCCUAUAGACAAUCAGCAUUGAAUGUAUUAUUGAGUUUGUCAUGUAAACAUUUGUUGUUUGGGGUGGGAGCUGGGACCUUUUUGUUUGUUCUAAAUAAUGUAUUAAUUUGUAAGAUAGGAUGCCACCAUGAAGCCUAAAUAUUUCACAUUUUUAUUUUUACCAGUAAUAGGGCUGACUAUACCAGAUGAUAAGUGCAACACAUUAAUUUUUUAAUAUAUGUAAAUAUUUUUACUUUAGCUGUUUAAAGUUAUAAUAUUUUGUGGAUAUUUUCCUCCAUUUUAAACUAUCUGUGCCUUUAAAAAUAUAUAAGUAAGUCAUGGAUCCUUGAAGUAAAGAGUAUAAGUAGAAUAUCCUUUGUUUUGUUUGAUGACCUCAAAGUAGGCAGGACUACAGGCAGUCUUUUCAAAAGUGAAUGCUGUUAGUUACAAAAAAGCAAACAAGAACAUAAGUGAUUCAUAAGCAAUACUUGGGGGAAAAAAACUCUGAAAAUAUAUGUUGAUUGAUGAUAUGGUACCAUCAUAUUGGUUUUGGAAGGAUAGUAUAUUUCUUAUUAUAUAGUUCAAAGAUAGUUAGAAUAAGGAGCAUCUAGGUAAUUUAUGUUUUAAUUUAAUUUUUUUUCUGUAUUCCCUAAACGAUGAAAGUAACAUAAUAGAGCACUGAAAGUUAUUUAGUUGCUUAAAAGUUCUUUGAUAGGUUAAUUUGGAGAAGUCUUUUUUUUUAAGAAGAUAUUUUUAAAAGGCCCAAUGACUUUUCAGUAAAAAUAAAUGUCCUUUUUAAACUAAAGGGUUUUUUUUUCUAUGAUCACUAUAAGAGAAAAUGUAUAAUUAAUUAUAAAACUGUUCGCAUAAUUUCCCCACUGACGUCCUAUUUCAGGUGCCUUCAAAUGAGGUGAAAUAAGCUGAUUUCUCAAAAGUGUUUUCUUUGGAAUGUGUGUUUUGGCAAGGUGACAAAGCUUCAGGUGUGAAGUCAGUAGGUGGCUUUGAGAGUAUCAUCUUAAUUCCAAGAAGCUCAUCACCAGAAGGUUGCAUGUUGGUGAUUAUUUUUAUAAGCUGUAACAUCUCGUGAAGCUUCCUACUAAGAUGAGGAGAGAUUGCAAUCUAUGUACUUAAAAAAAAAAUGCCUUUCCUACCAAUUAAACCACAGAGCUGUUGAAAUAUCAGUAGAAUGUAAUGAGAUUAUAGUCUCAUUUAUUUUCUAACUUUUAAAAUUACUCUACCCGUUUUUACCAGUAGAUGUCAGUAAAAAAGUGAAAAUAAAUUGCCAUGUCAUAGAUUUCAUUAUGUAGUCUCAAAGCAGAGACACUGAAAGAAGGAAAUAUCUAAAAUUCAUCUCCCAACAGUACCAAUAGUUUAUAUUUUGCCACAAGGUUAUUUGCCAACUCUAGUUUGUCAUUGUGUCUAGUUUGUCAUUUGUCUUUCAAACUUGGAGUUUGAAAGAAUUCUUAAAAACUAUCUAAUUCACCCUCUCACUCAAUGUAAGAAUUCAUUCCCCAAUACCCCUGAAAGAUGGGUAUCCUUUUAUUCAGUUUUUUUCAAUUCCAAAUUUUCCUCCACUGUCUUCUCCUUCCCACUUAAAAAGCAAGAAAAACAAAACCCAUUACAAUUAUGUAUACAGUCACAGAAAACAAAUUGCUGCUUUAGCUACAUCUGGAAAAUUAAAAUAGACUUUGCUUCUCUUUCCUCCAUGAAGAAAAAUGCUCUUCUGUAUCUCCAAGAUACAAUAAAAAUGAUUUACAGGGAAUCACAACUAAAGAUAAGAGAGUGAUAUAAAAACACAUAGCUGUUUUUGAUAAGUUUGAGCUAGAAAAAUAAUAUGGUAUUGAGAGUUACUGAAUACUAUUAAUAAUAUUAAGUUGCUAAGCACCGGGGAUAUGAAGGCAAACCAACCAACCAACCAAAAACAAAAAAAAAAACAAUGUUUGCUCUUAAGUAUCUCACAGUUUAAUGGAGGGUAUAACAUGCAAACCAUUAUGUUCAAACAAGAAAUAGGGUAAAUUAGAGAUGAUCAAAAAUGGAAUUAGAAGGAGUCAUGAAACAUUUCUUGUUAGAAGGUAAGAUUUUAGCUGGGACCUGAAGCAAGCUAGGAAAACCAGGUGAUAAAGAUGAGGAAGGAGAGAUUCUAGACUUGGGGGGGGGGUGGUUGGGGGGGGUGAAUAGUCAGUGAAAAUGGAGUCAGAAGAUAUUGUGUCUUAUUCAAGGAGCAAUGCCUUUAGAGUUUGGAGCAGUGAUGACAAACCUUUUAGAGACAGAGUACCAAGCCACAUCCCCACUCCCCAGAACAAGUGCCAUCCCCACCCCCCACUGAGUGCUGAAGAGAUUGUACCCCCCCUUACUCCAUAUAGGGGAGUGAGAAAGCACUCCCAUUGGGCUUCUGGGUGGAGGGGUGGGGGAAGUGAGGAAUGUCCUCAGUGACUGUAGAGAGGGGGGAGGGGAGUGGUCCAGGGGCUCUGCUCCUCUCCAGCUCUUCCUCCUGUGAACCACCCAUUUUACCCACUGUGUGUUCCCAUUGGGCUGCAGGGCAGGGGGUGGGGUGUGUGAAAAAAUGUCAUCAGGUGUGGUGGAGAGGGGGAGGGGAGCAGCUCUGCCUGAGUCCCUCUACCUUUCUAGUAAUGAGCUCUUGGAGGCAGGUGGGGGCAGCCAUGUGCCCACAGAGAGUGCUCUGCAUGCCAUCUUUGACACCUAUGCUAUAGGUUCACCAUCAUUGGUGUAGAGUAUACUGUGAUAGUAAGUUGUAGGAAGACUACAGAGGUAGGAGCCAGGUUAUAAAGGACCUUAGAUGCCAAAGGGAGAGAGGAUUUUAUAUUUGAUCCUAGAAAUAAUAAGGCAGCACUGGGAUUUUUUUUUAAUGUAGAGAGAUGCUGAUGAAGCACUUAGAUUUAUGCUUUAGGAAUAUCCGUUUCACAGCUGAGUGGAGGAUAAACCAGAAUAGGAAGACAUGAGAGGCAGAGAAGCCAACUGUAAUAGUCCAGGUGAUGUGGCCAGGUGUGAUGAAGGCCAGGACUAGGGUGGUAGCAGUAUCAGAAAAGAGAAAGAGAUGUAUACCAAACUAAUUGUGAAA